AUGUCAAGCUGCCGGUCCCUCAGACACCUCGUUGCGGACUAUAGGGACCGUACAGCAACGCAGAUCAACCUGCUUUUCCACCUUGCCAACCAGGCCGAGAGUCGAGACAACAAAGAGAUAGCGGGGCAGAACAAGGAGAUUGCGGAACUCACGGCAAGAAUUGCGCAGCAGACUCAACGUGACAGCGCAUCCAUGAUCACCAUUGCCGCGGUGACCAUGUUCUUCCUUCCCGGAACUUUCGUGUCGUCGCUCCUGAGCACUGUUGUGUUCAACUUCGACAACAACGGCAUCAGCGUGUCGCAGAUGUGGUGGAUAUUGCCUGCCACUGCCAUACCUCUGACUGUAUUUGUCUUCGGGAUCUGGUUGUUGUGGCUGCGACGAAGGCUUUCGCAUGAUAAAAACGCCGUUGUGUUCAAAAAUAGCACCAAGCAGCCAUAG